AUUUACAAGUUCGAGUUGGAAUAAUACUGUUUAAAUUUGAGAAGUUUUUACUGUUUUUUUCCAUAUACAUGUAGAACUAUAUAAUCAUUUAGAUACCGAAAUGUUAUAUUGUUUUGACUAUGUAAAUUGUGUGAGCGAAAUGGAGGAAAUCACUCAAAUAAAGGUAGAAGAGCUUAUAAUAUUCGACCUUUCGCCACCGGAAGAGAAUACUCCACUCGCUAGCAGCACCGGUGAAACGACUUCAACGAACACCCAGAGGGAAGGUGUAGUUGAUUUGAUACAUAGACAUGUGACGGAUAUCAAUGAUGAAGUUCGGUGUACAGCAGCUUGUGAGGACAUUACAGCUUCUCGCUCCAGCAACUCGAACGGUUUGGGUAACAAGUACGUUUGUGAACUCUGCAACAAGGAAUGUAGUGGAAAGCAGAACUUCGAAAACCAUAAAAAAAGUCAUACAUGGAAACGUCAAUUCGCUUGUGAUAUCUGCAACAAGAAAUAUAGCACAAAAUUCAACAUGAAGAUACAUAGAACAACUCACACCGGGGAACGACCUUUUGCGUGUGAUAUCUGCAGUGGAACGUUCAGUACAGCUAGACGUUUGCAGUACCAUAGACGUGCUCACACGAGAGAUCGCCAUUUACAGUGUGACAUAUGCGGUAAAAACUUCCCAACCAAAGUUCGUCUCGUAGAUCAUAUGCGCAGGCACAGCGAUGAGCGACCGUUCAAAUGCGACAUCUGUGACUCGUCAUGCAAAAGAUCUCAAAAUUUAAGCAAACAUAUGCGGAAAUUCCACAAUGUCGAUCCCGUCGGUGAUCAUCCACAGAAAAAGUACGUUUGUGAAGUUUGCAACAAGGAAUAUAGCGCAAAAGGAUUCGGGAAUCAUAGGAAAACUCAUUCCGGGAAACUUCUGCUGCACCAUGAAAACACCCAUACAAAGGACCAGAAGUUUAAGUGUGACAUAUGCAAACGACGGUUUUCACUGAAAUCACGACUUUCAUCACAUAUGAAAAUACACCGCUCAGACUGCCCUCAUAAGUGCUUAAUUUGUGAUGAAAGAUUCACAGAUGCCGUUAUUCUCGAAAACCAUAUGGUCUGUCACAGUGAUGAACGACCCUUCAAAUGCGACAUCUGCGGUAAAUCAUACAAAAGAACUAAAUCUUUACAGCGCCAUAUUCGCAAAUUCCACGAGUCCUACUCUAGGAUUGUGGAAGAACCGAAGGACUCCGCCGGAAGGCAACAUUUUGAGUGCGACAUCUGCAGCGAGACAUUCCACUCAAGUACACGGUUGCAUUAUCAUAUGAAGGCUCAUACAGGAGUCCCGAAUUUUGAGUGUGACAUAUGCGAACGACGCUUCGUUCUGAAAUCUCAUCUACGGUUCCACAUGAAAAUACACCUCACCGAUUGUCCACAUACGUGCCAGAUUUGCGAUAAAAAAUUCACAACCAAUCUUCGUCUCGAAGAUCAUAUGCUAAGCCACACCGAUGAGCGACCUUUCAAAUGCGACAUCUGUGGCACAGCAUUCAAGAUAACUAGACAUGUAACGCGCCAUAUGAAGAGGGUCCACAAGGUCAAUCUCUCCUCAAGCAACGCGAAAAGUUUGAAGCCAAACCAGGCUGGUAACAGUCUAAGCAAUGAUUCAACAGUAUACAGCUGCAACAUAUGCGGCAAACAGUACAAACAAAAAUGUUCACUUCGCAUACACGUGGAUCUUCAUCAGGUUACUGUUAUGAGAUGUUAGAGGAUAUUUAAAUAUGAAAUAUGUGUUUUCACAUGCACAGUACUAAGCGACACCAACGUAUGACUAAACCAUUUCCAUCAAAGGCCUUUCAGUGGUUCUAUUUCCUCCAGCAGAUAAUUUACUGUUAGAUAUGAGAUUUUUCUCAGUGUAAAAACUACCGCGUACGCAACGAGCAUCGUUGACCAGCAUUCGAGUACGAACGACGCUAGGCGAUUGAUGUAUUUUACAAAUAAAUGGAAUACAAGUAAAUACAAACGUUACCGUGCUGGAUCGAAACCCGUACAGUAUCGAAAUCCGUACACCUUGAUGUUUUUCUUCAGUUUUAAGCAUUAUAAAAAUGAAAAUUCAUAUGAUAGUUACAUGUACAUGUCCGUUAAGCUGUUGGCCUUCUGUUAAAUUGAACUAUGC